GGUGAAGCCGCAGAGCUCCCUGGGAAUCGCCCACCAUCAAAUCAACUACCUACACCCCAUAAUUCUUUCCCCAUACCGUGGCCACGCUGCAAUCAUCGCCACCAGUUUUUCUUUUCAUCCCCCACAAAAGCUAAAUGGAGGAGGAGAAGAUGCAGAAAAUGCCACCAGCUCACAGCAGUGCUCCGUCUGCCAUUUCGAUAGGGGCCUACCUCGUCCGCAACCUGUUGACGGGCCUCGUCCUCCAAUACAACGACAAAGAACAUAAAUACGAACUCGCCGAGCGCUAAGAGAUUCUCUUUCGCGAGCAGCAGACGUUUUGGAUCGAGCCCCUCCCCGAAUACCGGUUCUCCGGACCCGAGAACGUGGUAUACUCACUGUGGCAAAUCGGGAUGAAGGGUCCACCGGCGGUAAUGGAAGUAGUCAACGGUAAGCGCGAGAAGGCGACCGCUAUUGGUAGAUACCUGGCGCACGGGCAUACAACGGCGCUCUGGAGGUUUGCCAGGGUGGGGGACAGGAACGAUGGCGAAUUCUACUACAUCUUCAACCUUCAUUCUGGCCUCGCUCUCGAAGGGGGCACCCUUAUGAAUAUAUCUGGGAAAGAUCAUAAGAAAUACACUUAUCUGUGCCAAGAUGAGCACCAGAGCAACGAUUCCGCCCAAAUGUUGGAAUUCGUGAUCCCUAUGACACCGGUCCCCGUCGGCUGGCUCCAGAUCAAGAACGUAUCCACGGGCCACGUGCUAAGCCAUACCUACGCCUAUUCACCGCCGCGUCUAAUCAACCAGCAGCUUCCGCCGGUCCGCACUUUAAACUACCGCGAGACCUGGGAUACGCAAUGGACGCUCAUCUCAGACAAGGGAGAAUACGUCCUCAAAAACCGGCUUACCGGAUGCCUGCUGACGACGGAAUUUGAAACCAAUGGUCCAAACGAGGAGGAUAGGCGCGGCGUGACCAUGAUGGGCGGCGGAUCUCCACUCACCAUCGAAUUGGACGCCCAAAGGAAUUGGAAGAUCUGGGAUCGGAAAGGAAACAUGCUGCUGGGUGAGGCACCAGCCUCGACGUCAGUGGAGGGGAAUCUUGUUGUGGCUAAUAGCAGUGUACCGGAUCCGACGAGGAGCUGGAGGUUGGUGCCGAUGCACGAAGUUGAUGCGACCAUGAUUGCGCCGGAAGCAAGCACUCCACCUAUGUAUGCUGCGAAGACUGUUCGUUUAACCUCAAGCCCUAGCAUAGUUUCUGAAGUGUAGGAAUAGAUGGAAUCAGUGAAGAGCUCCUAGGUAGUCAGUCUGGUCUAGAAUGAGGUUGUUCUGGAUUGUGGUGCAUGUAUGCGGGGAUACUUUUGUCCGCCGCCAACAGGUGAAGCCUCCGAGGAACGCUCGACGGCCCUUCGUUUGUAAAUCGGGACGGAAACCGAGCGGGACGGGAACAGUUGUACUAUAUGUUUUGCACCUUGUAUGUGCUCCAGAUCGGCAAUGGUCGACUACUUACUACCAAGUACG